GGCCCAGCCUGAGCCGGGCCUGGUGGGACCGGCCACGGAGCCGCUUCCAGGUUCCCCAGCUAUCUCCUCCGAGCAUUCCUUCCCUUCAGUCUCCCAGCCUUGUAUCGAGCUGUAGUCUCGAAGGCCACGAAGGAGGAUGCGCCCCACGGGUUCCGGUUGCACAGUAGCUCGUGCUGCCUGCGGGGCAGGGCACUCUGCCCGCGAAAGCUGUGGUCCAAAGUCUGUUGCAGGCCUUGGUUUUUCCUGUCAUGUGAAUGGGAAGGGGGAGCACUUCUGUUAAGUUGCAUGCAAAGGUCGAGAGCUAAAAAAGGUUAGCGCGAAGCUAACGCAUUUAAAGAAAAGGGAAUUUAAGUCUUGAAGAACGUGGUGCGAACUUGCGUUUGAGUUUUCCAACAAGAUGGGAAAGGUCUCUCCCCUUUUGACCAAGUGAGUUAAAGCCUGGACCAGGGGCAGGACAGAAAAGCGGCUCUCUUGAGUGCAGCACAGCCAUGUGAAACACUCAGGAGACUGAUGAAGGUGGGGAAAAAAUGACAAAUUAUUACUCACCCCUGACUCUUGUUAGUUGUGUCAACGUAAUAGGCUUUGUGAAGUCCAACCCCACGGGUAAUGUCAUGAUUUUCGCUCCCUUGGGAGUGUCUGCACAGCAGUUUUUCCAGCACACCUUCUGUAGCUCUUAAUGUCUCUGUUUUCAUUAGCCUCUGUGGAAUCCCCUGACAAUAGCUUGCUGGGAUGAGAUGAAGAAACUGGAUAUUUGAGGAAGGUGACUUCAGAGGAAACGCUUGGUUUUGUUACGUGUCGGCUGCGUGGUACCUGUCUUUUUCUGGAGCAGUCCUUUCCAGUUACACAGUGGGUAAGGCACACCUGUGCCGUAGAGCCAUUUGAAUAAAGGCUGCGGAACCUGAACGAGCGUCCUGUGCCGUGUGACCGAGGGAGGCCUGACCUUUGUCGGCAAGUAUGGGGCAGCUCAGAGUCGGCCUUUUGAUUCCCUGCUUAAAGUAGGUACUGUUGUCUGGCAUCUAGAGAGCAGAAGGGUUAAUAAGGCUUGUUAGGCAGUUAUGCUUGCAAGUAAUGGCACAAGGCGGAGCGAAUCUUAAUUGUGUAGGUCCAGCGUGGUGUUCUCGAAGUUCUGUAGCACUUAACUGUAGAGAAGCAGAACACUUUUUGAAAGGAUUUAAUCAAUUAACCUCCUUCAAAGUGCGGAGGGAGGGCUGUGGUUGUUUUCAGGUGACGGUUGUCUCCUGGCAUUAGGCAUCGCAGAAUGACCGGAAUGGGCUGUCCGCACGUGACGAGCUGCCUUUGCAUACCUUUUCCAGCCUCAGACUGGGAAAAUUUUUGUUUUACUGAUGUCAGGCAUGGCAGAGCAGAGAAUAUUUUAAAACAUUGCUCUCUUUAAAAGGAUAUCCGAACUUACCUAAGACCAGCUAACGUGGAUUUAGAGCACAGACUGUUAUGGGUUUUGUAAAGAAAGCCGUGGCUGGUGCUACCUGCUCCCGGUACCCCGCAUGUUGGCUGCGUGGGAACGGUGAGUUUUCUGAGAGGCAUUGUUGUUGUGUCACUUCAAAGAGGCGAGACGGUAGAGCGUUACUGCUUGGAAGAGCAGCAUGUGUUGAGGCAAGUUCUCGUAAGAAAUACAUAGAAUCAGCCUCUACAAGUAUUGUGCGGAUAUGAAUCGGGCGGGCUGUCUGAGCAGGGUUGUGUAGCCCUGUUGCCUGGCUUUUACCUGCUAAAUUGUAUCUUCUGCCCAUUGCAAGUGGAUCAGGGAAUCGACUUGUUCCAGAUGUUACCUUUCUUAAUGCUUGUCUUAUGUACGUCGCCUCUUCCUAUCUUGAGGUGUGUCAGAGGCUGCGCUUGUGAAGCUGGGGGUUGCUUCUCGCCACUGUUCUGGGCAGAUUUGGUCCAUUGGACCUCUCUCACUCAUGCUCCCCAGCUAGUUUUAAUUGUUUUCCUUUUGAAGAAAGAAUGUUUUUUCUUUUUUUUUCCAUUGUGUUCAGUCCUUUGCUUUCCCACCUGAAGUCCUCUCCGCUCCAUGACUUCUCGCCUCCUCCUUUGCCUCGUUAUAUCGACUCACCAAAUGUUAGAUUGACUUGGAAAGGUUGGUGGAGUUUCACCUUCGUCACUACUUAUGAUAAGUCAAAUUUUAACAGAAAUGUAGCGGCCCACUGUCUCUCUCUCCUGCCUUAGACCUAGCUGCCUGGCGUUAGAAAAUGGGAAUGGCUGUUUGUAUUCCCAUCUGGGCUCUGAUGGUGUCAAAGGACAGAGUAUUCCAAGUUCUUCAUUGGUUUUAGGAUGAGCUUAUCCUCUGAUGGGUUUGCAAGAGAUGGAGUGCUCUGUUCCCAAGAGGAUUGUGGAAAAAUGUGUCUUUCCACAAAGGUGCUGUUGAUCUGCCAGAUGCAGGGAUAAAGAUGGAGCUGACCAUCAAACCGUAAGCUGUGCCUGCUUUUGUGAAUCGGCCCGUUCCUCCUCUGGUGAUUCCUUGUCUUUUGAUUUCCUUUAAUAUUGCCGAUUGCGCGCUCUUAGUGGCCGACAGCUGAGAAAAUGGUACGGUGUCCGUUCCGAGACAGGGUAAGAAGUGUUCAUGAGUGGGGGGACACACAAAUUGACUGGCUCUGUUGUUCUUUUCGCAUCUCAUUUCUUGUACUGGUUACUUGGAACGAGUGCAGAAACCUUCAUCGUACUCUAAGAGAGUCAGAAAACAGUCCCUUAAGUAUACUGAGGGCAGGAGGAGUCUGCAGUGCGGGCCUGACUCCUCUGGGGGAGGGUAGGACUGAUUAUGGUAACUGGGCUGUGCUCUUGAUCUUGCAGGAUGAGGUACAAGAAGAAGGAGAGGCUGUUGCUGUGUAAGGGGGCUGAGGGACUACCCGCUGCAGGCACUGAAUCUUUUGUCUGGAACUAAACAAGGCUAGAUUAUGUUCUGUGAGAUAACGCGCUUGAUAGUCACCCAGGGUAAGGUGUGAGAAACUUGAUCUGGUGUUUAACACGGCAGCUGCUAAAGUUCUUCCUUCUGCCUGCCUCCGUUCUUUUCUCCCUCCCACCUCCCCGCCUUCCCUGGUCGUGUGAAUAGCCGGGCGCAGCAUUGAACCUGAGAUCCACCUCAUGAAAAAGCGAUCCUUUUUGCUGUGGAAAGCUUCCGAGUGUCGGGACGUGCUCGGCUGAGUUACUCUGCGGAAGCUGAAACCCCACGGAUCUCGCCGGUGUUGAACCCUUGAAACCAGCUCUUUCUUUUUGUGACUGAAAGUGAGUUCGUUCUGAUACAGCGCUGCCGUGAGCGACGCUUGGCGGCCCUCCCUGCGGUUGGCUCGGUACAGCGGCUCGUGUAGGGCAAGCCACGGCAACUGCUUCUCUUUUCGAGACCUGGUGGGAAAGUUGAGGGCCAGCCUCUGGGACAGAGCAUGCACAGGCAGAGGCCUUCCACCUUGGGAGAGAGGACUCGGCAAGGGACAGAGUGGAGGUGGGGUGCCUCCCACUGUAGAAACGUACCCUCUCCUUCUGUGCCCAUCUCGUCAGAAGGCCACGGUCGGUGGUGGUCAAGUGUCAGCAGUUCCCCAUAUCUGAUACACUGCGCUCUUCUGCCACGUGCUGAAUUCGUCAGGUUCUCACGAAAUGACCUGAAUUCCUAAGUUCCAGAAUUGAGAACUCCUGCAAGGUGAAGAUUAGCUGAUGGCCGAAGUGUCCCUGGAGGGCCACGCUUCAGCUGCUGCUGCAGUCGCUCCUUGUUUGGAGCAGGCCUACUCGGAAAGCGACUUUGCCGCACUGUAUCGACUGACAAAAAGACGAAAUGAAAUGCUGCUCUGCAAAGCUGGCUUUAAUGGUGGAAUUAUUGAGGAGGGGCGGAGGGUUGCGAGUACAUCAGGCCCUUGGCGCGAAUGCAGGACGGUGGAGGGUCUUGGCCCUCAGAUUUAUAAGCCCGCUUCCAGCUCGUUGGUAUGGCUGGGGAAGAACCCUAGAUUCCUGACCUGAUUGCCUGUUUGACAGAGUUCAGUGCAGAUCACAUUUGAAGAGGGUCUUCAGCUACCACCAGCCGCACAUAUAAGUCGCGUGAUGUGCAAGGCGCAGUCGGACCACAGCAUGGUGCUCUCCUGCUGUCUGUCAGCUGAAGCUGUGAAAUUCCCCGUCUCUGUUACUCAGCAGUCCCCAGCCGCGGUUUCUGUGGACACCUAUCAUGUCACUCUGGCUGUGCUGCAGGCUCAGGUGGAGAUCCGCUUGGAGGAGAUACAGAAUGAAGGUCUCCUGGUGUCAUGGACCUUCAAGGACAGACCAGACUUGAACCUUUCAGUUCUUCCGAGACUUCAACUUAGCGAGAAUGAAGGGAGAGCGGAUCCAUCCACCAUAAAGGAUCUGAUCGAGGAUACUAUUGUCAGCACGCAGCCAGCCAUGAUGGUGAAUCUGAAGGCCUGCGCCGCUGGAGCUGGUGCGGUACCCAGCAGUAAGCUGACGCGAGAGUCCCCACCCGGAGUAGCAGCAGCCCCUCCGGGUUCUAAGCUGUUGCUCCGGAAUCUUCGAGUGCUGAACUUGGGCUGCCAGGGGAAGGGAGGAGCUGGGGAGAUACGCUGCGUGGCAGGGCUAGACAGUCCCCCGCAGCAGAAGCGGACAAGGCCGGUGGUAGCUGGCAGUGCCAGUUCUGCAGCAGAGAUGGAGUGGAAUGAAGAGCUCUUUCUGGAGCUGGGACCUAGAAGUAAAGAGCUGAAGCUGCAGGUGCUGGGUAACAGUGACGGAGAGGGAAAUGUGCUGCUGGCACAUGCCACUCUUUUGCUUGAUUCUUUGGGCAAGCAGCCGUCUGGGAGACAGGUGUGCUCCCUGGCCCCAGGAGCUGGGCGGUCACUGGCGGCUGAAGCUACCAUUGUAUUGGAGCUGCUAUUCCAGGAGUCUCCUGGAUCUUUGAAUGCUCAGCAUGCCACGUCUCUGCGAACCAGCAUCACUCCUACGAAGAAGGUGGAGAUGGACCGGACCAUCAUGCCUGACGGCACCAUUGUGACUACUGUCACCACGAUUCAGUCCCGGCCCAAGGCAGACUGCAAACUCGAUUCGCCAUCGAGGUCGCCGUCCAAGGUGGAAGUGACUGAGAAGAAGACAACGGUGCUUUUGGAGAGCGGCUGCCCUCGUGGCCCCUUGCCCAGCGGUAGCCGGGAUAGCCACACGCCCAACGGCUUGGAUCCGGUGGCCGAGACAGCGAUCAGGCAGCUAACUGAGACGAAUAACAAGCCUGCCAAGAAAACCCCAACAAAACGCAGCACGCUGAUCAUCUCGGGAGUUUCCAAGGUACCUAUCGCUCAGGAUGAAAUGGCACUUUCUCUGGGUUAUGCCGCAUCCCUGGAGGCCGCGGCGUACGGGGAUUCUGCGUCCGAGGGCGCAGCUGACCGGAUGCACGACUCUACUGAAUCGUCACAGCUGCUGGAGGCGUCGCCGUCGGGACAAAGGGCCAGUCAGGAGCUGGAUGAGACGACGCGAUCAGACAUCUCUGAGAGACCCUCGGUGGAAGAUGUCGAGUCUGAAACUGGCUCCACGGGAGCCCUUGAGACCAGGAGCUUGAAAGAUCACAAAGUUAGCUUUCUUCGGAGUGGUACCAAGCUCAUCUUCCGGAGAAGGAGCAAGCAGAAGGAAGCGGGCCUGAGCCAGUCACACGAUGACUUGUCCAACGUCACCGCCAACUCUGCUGCCAGGAAGAAAGCCGGCAGCUUCUCCCGCCGCCUCAUCAAGCGCUUCUCCUUCAAGUCUAAAUCCAAACCCAAAGCUAGCGACAGCGCAACAGCAGGUGAGAACUGAAGCAGGGAGAAGCCCGUCGGAAAGAUUGCGCAGAGAUCCUUUUCUAGUCUCUUGUCUUCCCACUCCACGGUGUCUGUGACCUGCAGUCCAGUUCCUUCCAACCUUGGCUGAGGGAAGACACCCCACCAGUGCUUUAUGCCAUCUGGGGAGCGGAGGUGGCGAACUCGGGGCUUAGGCUGCUCGUCUGCCUUGGCUUAGCCUUCUCCGACUGUCGUACCCCACUGUGCUCUCCCAGAAAAUCCAGGUGGCAUGCUAAUCCCCACGGGGGUCCCAGGAGCUGCGGAAGCAACUCUGCCUGCGUAGCUGUCUGCCAUCGCUGGGCGCAUCCUGGAAAGGGGCGGGGGCCCUCUCAAGCGGCCACCCUCGGAGCUAAAGAUCAAGAAACUACUCGGUUAGCUACAUUGCCGAGAAGCAUGGGAUGUAGCCUCGCUCAGCUCUUCUGGCAAGAGAGGAUGACGUGGUCGUUGGCCGUCUAAACGUUCUUAUUGCUUCUGCUUGGUGCAGAGGCCGUAACCUGACUGAGGGGUGGGGUGGGGUGAUGGUGUUCCUGGGCCGUGAGCUGUCAGGAGAACAAGCUGCCGUUCUCCACCCGGCUCCGCUGCUGGAACAGUCUCUGGUUCGGACAGUGCUGAGUGCUUUCUGUGCUAUGCUGAUGAAGGAAGGCAUCUCUAAGAAGGAGGAAGUUUUAACCCCUGGGCAAGUUCUUGGAGAAGCCCAGGCCCUUGCAAGAAUGUAUGGUUGGUGCUGUCGGUGCUGCCACCCUGUGCCGCAGCCGUCCUUCUGCAUCCGUGCUCUUGGGUGGGAAAGGGGCUGCCCGCACGCGCCAGCCAUUGUACAAGCGGAUCCCUUGCCGCUGGGCGCGCUGCCGGUGGGGCGCCAGGCUGCCUUCCGGCCCUGCGGAGUGCCUGGCCUCUCGCACGACGAGGACCAGCACUGCAACGGGGAUGGACGGCGAGGAACGUGGCGAUGCUAGUGAAAGGUUGGUCUGAUGUGGAGCCUGAAGGCACACGGCAGAGAGAGGGGAGAGUUUACGCCUUUUCACUGAUGAAAGGGUUUCCCGUAGUAGAAGGAGCCUUUCUUGAUCGUGUCUGGUAUUUCCUUUCUUCUGGCAAACCCGAUCCACCAUGCGCAAAUAUUGGGCAUUUCCACAGCAGGUGUUUGUGGAGGGAGAGGCACGCAGGGGAAAACUGACUCCUUGCGUGGGAGGAGACUGCCCUUCUAGACGAGUGUUUUUCCGGUCUCCUGAUGCGCGCAUGUUGCGAACAUCCCCGGACACCCCGUUUGGAUAGCGUAACAGUGCUCUUUGGAGACACGCUCGUGGCCUCUCAGUGGCCCUCGUUUGAAUGGAAGCGCCUGCUCUCCUGUGGGUUGUAGAGUUGAGGAGAUGGGGUAAACGGGAGGAAAAACCUCGCUGAAGGGUGAUCGCCUAGGCCUGACUGGGUUCACUAGCUCUGCCCUCCUGUAACAGUACCUCCCAAGGUGGAGGCUGUCACCCCGCCCUAUGUAGGAUGCGACCAACUGAAAAAUCAGUUUUUCUCCUGACGGUGCGCAGAAAAUGACACGUCGUGUUCUUCAGAAGGACAGAUCCCGGCUUACUGAUCUGGCCGUCGUCACGUGCCGUUUCCAGAGACCGGAAUGUGUUCAGUAUGCUGCGGUGAAAGGAUUUACAGGCAGGAAUUUCUGGGCAUCUGUUGAAAGCAUCUGGAGGUAGGGAAGGCCAGAGACGCCCGGGCCUCGGAUUGAAAGUGCCGGCGUGUGCCAGAAGGAGGGAUCAUCCCUCCUCUUUUUUUUUUCCUGCCCCUUCCCCAUGAGGUUGGGUGCGUGUGAGAAAUCGGACUGGUCCAGCUGGCUGACCAGGAACCUCUUCUCCGUUUGUUUUGAUCUGGGAGCCUUUCCAUCAUCCCUGAGCUCUUUCAUGUCUUUUAUCCUUUGUUCCUUUCCUCGUCCGUGUGGUACCGUGGCUUUGUUUGCAGCUCCGUGCACUACGAUGUUGGAGCGCUCAUUGUGUCGCGCUGAAAAUUGUUUUCCUCAGUGCGAGGGACUGGUUCCUGCUGCAGCGCUGGUGGAAGCUGGCAAUCUGCGCUCGCCUCUAGCGAUCCGGCCGCCAGUUAGACCUAGCCUUCCUUUGCUGGGUCAGCACGGUGUCACACGCAGCGCUGUCCUUUGCAGGCACGCCCUCGUUCCCAGAGCCUCUGGGCUUGGUUCCAGUUCGGCAUUCUCUCUUGCACCAUCCCUGCUACCACUCUGCCUCUGUGGCUAGCAGUACUCGGCACUCCAUUUUUGGUUUUUGUUUAUUCGUUUUUAAUACCGUGUCAUGGUUGCGUUGAAAGAAGAGUGCUGGCUGAGCCCAGCAUGAGAAAGACUGGUUUGAGAGGAAGGGAACUUUCAGAAAAGCCAGCAGCUCUUCAGAUGCGGGUUUAUCACAGGACCUUCCGUGAGUCUCUUUUAAUAGUCCUGUGUUUUUUUUUCCUUUAAAUGGCAAGAGCAGCUCGAGCUGUCUUGGUGCGCAGCAGCUGGAGGCGAAUACGCAAGGCUCCCACCAGCGCUUCCGAAGCGUGAAUGUGGGGCUCCUGUACGUGAAGAGGGCCGCGAGGGCUGGUGAGUGUUGUCCUUCUCCCUGUAGGCCAGAGGCGGAAAAGGAGAGUCCCUAGAUUUCGACUUGAAUGUUUUGGUCUGUCUUGGAGGAAGAAGGUGAUAGGAAAGCUGGGAGUAAAACUGAAACUUGGUUCCUCACUGGCCUUGGGCACCGAGGAUCCCUUUCUAGCCACGUUAAAUGGGCAAUUCCUGCCAUACGUUCAUGGGCUUUCCUGAAUUUGUUCCCAGUUUGUUGGCUCCAGGCUAUGCCCGCUGAUGAAUCACAGCAGAGGUAGUACUGUUUUUGAUUUGAGCUUUGGCCUGGCAGAAGACUCAUCUGGGGAUGUCCCGUGCCGCCGUGCGUGGAAUGAACGCACGUGGGACGCAUGACAGUUGGUGCGUAUCUUCCCUUGAAUUUUUGGCAGUGCUCGCUCUAUCACGGGCAGUAAAUUGCUGUGAAGGCUUGUAUCUGCUUAGAUAGCUUGCAAAGGAAAGGGAUGUUGUCAAGCGCGGACAGAGCGCGUCCCCAGACAUGAAUUCCUGCACCCGCUCGUGUUUCCUGGUGGAGACGUACUUCCUGCCCUUUCGUUGCUUCUCCAAGUCGUGCAGCGUAGGAGUGAUACGGUAACCUUUUCUCUUCUACGUAUUUUUGGUAAGAGCAGAAUGUUUUUCAGGGUGUUUGGGUAAACUGCUGUUUGAGGGACAGCGGGGGAAUGGCUCGGCUGUGUGCACCAGGAGGUUUUUUUCUUACUUUGGAUACGCUCCUGACGAAUGUGUCGAUCUUUUCUCUUCGUGGCUUCCGUUCUCGCACACGCAGUUGUUUCCAUCCCCUGAGUAGCAGGCGGCUAGUUUUGUUAGGCCCGGCUAUGCGAGCACGGGUGACUUUCGCGGCUUCCCAAAGCCAGGAACGAUAAUGAAUCCGCCUCGUGGGGAAGGUGCUACUGUUGGCGUGAGAAGCGAUUCCUCUAUCCUAGUCUUCUCGGAAGGAAAGGGAAGGUCACGUAGGGCUUUGGCCUCCGGAAGCUGUAAAGACAGAGUCCCAGGGAGUUUCCCCCUGCAGAACUGCCACUGAAAGAAAUCUCUUUUGUCUUUACUCCCUGCUUGUGCUUCUGACUUUAGGACAGAGGAUAUGCUAUUGGAAAUCUGCCUUUCCCCAUUUAACUUCUGCCGGACCCCCCGUGCCCUCCCCUCAGGGCUGCUGCAGGGUCUGUGGCGUUUCAUGGCGGCUGGGACCGCAGAGCGGCCCCGGCGUGCGGUGUCGGCCGCCGUCUUGUUUUAGACUCGAACGAUCUGCAGUUGCCAGGUUGGUGUUCUCAGGGUAGGCUCGCUGUUUGCACCUUGUCAAAUCAUCCUCCACUGAAUAUGUGGGGGAGCGGUGGGCUUGGACACACGGAGGCUUCUGAAGGAGUUCAACCUGUUUACGAGGGCCUGCGUUCCAAAUGCUGCGUUUCGCUGUCAGCCACGCAAAUGGAAAUGGUGACUGGUAAAUGAAGCCAAAUUACAUGUUUUGGGUGGGGUGGUGGUUUUUUGCUUUUUUUUUUUUUUUUUUUUCCCGUUGUGGUUGGUUCGUUGGUUGGUUGGUUUUUCCUGCUAUUUUGGCUGAACAGAGUUUAUAGAACUUACCUGUGCUGUGUAAUUUUACCUCUGUUGAGAAAACAGAUUUCUCUAGCUGUAAGUGUGCUUCUAAGUGUAUCUGUGCCUGGAUACCUCCUCCCCCCGUGUUUUGGUAAGGCUUUUUAAGAGCCUCCCCGUCCAAAAAGCCCUCGGCAUCAGCCAGUGAGGAGUAUCCUCUCGAGGCGAGAGAAAAUGGGUGCGGGAAGGAACGGAGGGAACCGCAGAAGCUCAGUGUUUGGGAGUGCCCGUAGGCUUUCGCGUGACAGGUGUCUGACUGAGGCGCGGUGCUUGGAGAGGCUGCUCAAAGGCCGCACGUUCGAGGGCAGAGGCAUCGCACGCACGUGUUUGCACACCCUUGUAACGAGAGCGCACGCUGGGAACGCCGGUACUGGUCACGCUGCCGAGCGACUGAGGACAUUGGUGCUGAUUGUGGGUCAGGAGAGCAGCAUUACCAGUGCCUGUGGCGGCCACAAAACACAUCUUAGAGAGACCUCCACGGGGUCAGACUUGAGCAAGCGCAUCCGAUUUCUGCCCCUGCAAGCCCUCUCACGCUGCUUCUGUAGUUGAGGACAGGUUUUUAGGCAGAGUGCCUGAAGUGGGGGAGAGUGAGGGGAGACUACGUGGGUAGAGAGCCAGUCAGAAAACAGUUCAGUGGCGGGGAGCGUAAUGGAAACGUCUUCAAGUUGAUGUAAGAGGGCCACAGGCACGCGCUGUUUCUAGACUAGAACUGGGCACGUGGCAGGGUGUAGGCUCACAAGUGUUCUCAUUCUGCUUUUUUUGUCUUCAGCGAUGCCACUUCCUUCCUGCGAUGGUUGCUCUUGGUUCACUGUUUGCCAAACCUCCAGAGAAGUAAUUUCUGGGCAGCUGGCGAGAUGCUUGAGUGCUGGGGGGGCGGGGGGCGCGCUGACAUUUGAGUGUUCUGGGGUCUCUUGCAUUGUUCUCCCCUCCCUCGUUCCCCCUAGGUCACGGUGACUGUCGCGGUAGAGUAACAAUCCCAGUGGUGGUCAAACUUCUGGAAAAGGUCUUUGUGUACUUCCAAUAUUGCAGCUCCUUCUACAGGCGUGACUGCUCCACGCCGCCUUUCCCUGCUCGUACAGGUACCGGGACAAAUACCCACGCUGAAUUUGAAUUAGCGCCCCUCCUUACGCGUGCUCUUUUGUACUUUGAUGCCUUCUCUCUGGGUGGGUUGUUUGAACCCCAGAUUGUUUAGAGGAAAAAAAAAAAUAGGACCUGUAUAGCUAUUUAAGAGAUGAGAGUAAAAUGACUUAAUUUGAACUAAAUGAAUGAAGUUCUUGCACCUUUGUAUAUGUUGAAGAAGAAUUCCAUUGCUGUGUAAUGGCUGAACCCGUUAACUUAUUAAACCACAUGGAAAUCAAAA